GUGUGUGGGGUAUGUGUGUGUGUGUGUAAUCAGGGUAUGUGCGGGUUGUAUGGCGUGUGGGAGAGGGCGGGGGGAUUGUGGCUAUAAUAUGUGGGCUGAGUGCAUGUGUGUGUUGUGUUAUUUGUUCCUCUCUCUCUCUCUCUCUCUCUCUCUCUCUCUCUCUCUCUCUCUCUCUCUCUCUCUCUCUCUCACUCUCUCUCUCCAGUAGCCAUAGAACCGUAAAGGACGCAACCCUACCAAAUGAAUCAAGGUAGGAACACAUCAUAACCUUUUAUCCAUUCUUGACCUUUGACAUUUGACAUCUACAUGACGAAAUCAUGUCCUUCUAUGCCGUUGUGAUUUCAUUCCAACUGGUGAAAGAAAAUAGUUGUAGAAGUGAACACAGAAGACAUUCUCACAUUUCGCACUGGUCGGCAGAAGGAUUAAACUAACGAAUGUAAUGUAUACAGCCCCGUAGUGCAAACUCAGAAGCGUUUGGCAAACCAAGGUAAAAUGACAGAAAAAUAUUUUCCUUUCAAGGCUGCACGACCGCUUCAUUGUAUGUAGACGUCCAGCUUAGCCUCAGAUUGUAUUUACAUGAGGUAGUUCAAAUAUUGUUCAUUUGUUGCUAUGAGUGAGAAAGGACAGUGGUCGACUCGAGACUCGAGAAUGAUAAUUGUCACAGUGUGCUACCAGCGGGAGUAAAGUUUGAGGCAGUUUAAGAGAACUUGGAAAGUAUGAGCCAUUUGACACAGGCUGAGAGAGAGAGUUACACAAAGUUCUUUCUCGGUGUUGACUCUAAUGGUGACGGCUAUCUCAACAAAACAGAAUUCAAAUGUCUCUGCGAGAAGCUAGGAUUUCGACUUAAACCUUCAAAACUGAAAGAGAUGUUUCAUGGUGUGGACACCGACAAUAACGAUAAAAUAACGCUGGAUGAAUUCCUCGCCACUAUGCCUGGUAUCUCGACGGUCGAGAGGAAGUGUGCCAACUUACGGCAGGUGUUCAUCGCGGCGGACAUCAACGAAGACGGUGUGCUGAGCUGCCAGGAACUACGCGAGGCUGUACGUUCAGUUGGGUCAGCUUUGCAGCCAAGUGACAUAGAUACCUUGCUGGCUCGACUGGACAAGGAUGGAGAAGGGAAGCUUAGCUACGAACAGUUUCUUGAACAUUUUAGCAAACAGAAGAAAGUUUGAAACAUUAAACUUACUAUUCUGUUUUAAAAUGGA